CCAGAAUUCAAGUACGAGGGUUCCCAGACAGCCAAUCGCGACACAGGACGAGGAGGAAGAGAGUUAAACCACAAAAUACGAACCUGUGUACCUGCAGGUGAAAAAGCCUCCACCCGCGGGACGGUUAGACGCUUUUGGGGUUCGAAGCUCUCAAGAGGGCGGAAGCAAUGGCGCUGUCUCAGUGCUUGGAAGACUCGCCGCUCGGGGCGAGCUCAACACACAGAGGACGGUGUAACAUCCAAGAGGCGUACAAUGAGAGACACCGGCUGGCGUUGGAGGAGCUGCUGUCCGGCGGGGUCGACAACUUCCUGGAUUUCCUCAGGAAAGAGGACAUUGCCAACUUCCUGUCGGACGAGGAGAUCCAGCGGAUCCUCGGCGACGCCACGGCCCCGCGGUGCGUGUCGUUCCUCGGCGAGGACCCGGCGCUGGAGCAGUCUCUCGGCAGCUCCAUGGACUGCUCGUCCGUUACGUAUUUCCCCGAGGUGUCGGACGUGGAGCCGCCGCCUCUGGAGAUCGGCUGGCCCGCCUUCACUGCGGGGUCUUACCGGGGAGUCACCAGGGCUGUGGCGCACUUCCAGCCCAGCUAUGGGGAGAGUAUUUACGCCUGCAAGGAGGCUGUCAGGAAAAUGAUCAACAGUGCCAGAGAGGUGAUCGCCAUAGUUACAGACUCCCUGACAGACCUGGAUAUCUUUAAGGAUCUUCAAGAGGCAUGCUCCGUCCGCAAGGUCCCCGUUUACGUUCUGCUGGACCAGUCCAGCUGCCCCGCUUUCCUCAAGAUGUGCAGAAACGUUGGCGUGCGCCUGGAUGACCUUCAGCAAAUGAGAGUGCGAACCAUAACUGGGACGACUUAUUACACAAGAUCGGGAGCAAGGAUCACCGGGAGAGUUCACGAGCGCUUCAUGCUUAUCGAUGGCAUCCGAGCGGCGACCGGCUCAUACAGGUUCAACUGGACCGACGGGAAAUUGAACACCAGCAACCUGAUUGAGCUUUCUGGGCAGAUAACGGAGAAAUUUGACGAAGAAUUCCGCAUCCUUUACGCGCAGUCGCUACCCAUAAACGGCCGAGGACCUCCGAGCGUCCGAAACAGCGGGAUCUUUGAUCACAUUCCCGCCAAACAUCUGCUCACUUCCUCGCCAUACCCGAGGAGGGAGAGGCCUGCGGAGUCGGUGCGCGGGACCAGCACGCCGGGCCGUCGGCUCCCGCCGCUAACACUGCAUCCGCAGCGGGAGGCUUCCUCUCCACAAGCGGGUGAAAGCGGCGGUGGCGGCGCCUCAGACGAGUCCACCACGGGUGAUGACGUCCAAGAAGACGUCCUCGCUAGCGCUUUAGCUUCCCAAGCAGAGCAGCCUGCAGAAAGCAAGCUAGCCCCCGUCGGCGUCGCGUUCCGCCAUGCGGCCACUCAGACGACCUCGUCGGUGGCGGCGGACGGCGACACGCAAACCGACCUCCAGUUUGCGCAGGACCCCGACCUCACCCCGUAUAUCGGCACCCGGAGCCCGAAGCGGGCGACCUCUCCCGGCGAAGCGGCCCCGGCCGGCACCUUGAAGGACUGCCUUCAUAAUCUGACCAAAGAGCGCCAGCACCACUACUCGGCCAUCCGCUCCAAGCUGGAGCACCUCAUGGCCGCUCUGUCCCAACGGCGAGAGCUAGCAGACAUCGCCGCCAUAACUCACGGGGUGCACGGCGUACCGAAAGACGUCCCGUGGACGGACCCUGGACUGGUUCCCGAUAAAUCCAUAGUCACAUGGCCAAGCGCUCGAUGCGUUCACUAGUCGGACUUUAGGGUUUUUUCUCCCCAAGUUGGUGCAUUUCUUUGAGUCCUUUCUACGCAAUUCUUACGAAAUACUACAGUAAACCUCGGAUAUAUCGGAUUCAAUUGUUCCCACUGGUUUUGUCCGAUAUAAGCGAAAUCCGUUAUAUGCGUAUACCGGAAAAUGUCCGUUUUACGCAUAUAUCGGAUUUAUAUCCGGUAUAUGUGUAAAUCGGAUUUUAUCCGUUAUAAAAAGGCACUUCCUUGACUAUGUUUCCAAUGUACCUGGACGCGCUUCGGCGAAUCGGAGCGCCAUCCAAUAUAUGCGAGGGAAAUUUCAUGGAAAUGCAUUGGAACGGGACUGGAGAUUUUGUCCGAAAUAGGCAAAAUCCGUUAUAAAAAAUCAGAUAUAUGCAAUGAAUUUUUAUUGGAAAUGCAUUACAGAAAAAAUCGCUUCUUUUUUAUCUGUCCGUUGUGAGCGAAUUUCCGAUAUAUCCGAGUGCGAUAUAUCCGAGGUUUACUGUACUUAAUACUGCAGAAAUUGUGCAAUACUACUGUCACUGUAAUUACUGACCUUCCCAGAAAUGUACAAGUGCCUUUGUGCUGAUGGAAUCAAACACGGCUGUGCUCAAUGCAUCUAAAUAUACUCCGUCAUUGUGCCUCGCUAAUAAUAAAGUGGCCUUUUUGCUCUUUAGUAGCGUGCUGUGUUCACUUUAAGCCCGAUUACACUUUUUAAAAAACUGCAAACAAGUUGUCAUGAAGUGACGGGAUCAGAAGCUUCAGAGCACACGAGGAAGCAAACGUUGCCAACGUGGCGCGACAAAGACAAUAAGCGCGGCCGUCUUCUGCACUAAAUGAGCGGAGACAACAUCUGGGACGGCGACGCCUCUUUGGAGAAGCUCUGUCAUUGAUGCUGAUUAUUUACACGCGCUUAUUAAACGCCGUCUCGUAGACUCUUACGAAGCAGUCAGAAGAUAUACUUGCAGACAGGAGAAGAAGCAGCGGGUAGGAAUGUGUGCAUAACUCCAUAUUAGCAAUGCUCUACUGAACGUCCUCCUGAAUCUCCACAUAAUAGCGGCUUUGCACGGGCGCUAACGCCGCUGAGCCUGGCAUGAGGAGUGUUUUCAACUUCCUGUCGUGCACCAAAGGUCCUGCUGUGAAUGAUCAAAACACAUCAGAGUCUUGGCUGGAGUAGUGAGAAGUGUGUUCAGUUUUAGUCCCGCUGAGCUCGAUGUGUGGAAUGUUUGGCCGCCCGAGGUGCGAGUGUUCCACAUCAAUGUAUACAGAUUUAGGAACCCACGGAGGACAAAGCCUACUUUGCACGGCAACAUCUAAUGCUUGCAGAUCCGGAGCAACGUGUUAAUUAGUCGGAAAACAUUCCCGUUAUUUGCACUCGUUUUGUUCGUUUCCCAUGAGGAAUUUUUCCAGUUUAUGAAACACUAAACCGUUAUUGUAAGAUCUUGUAUGAAAAAUCAAUAUAAAAGUAU